AUGGGAUUCUCCCUCCGCCCACCCAAACAGACGCGCAGCGUCGUGCCCCAGAAACCCGCAAAGGGGCACUUCUUCUUCGCGCACAAGGAAUUCGCCCGCGUCCCGUGGUGGAAACGAAAGAACAUGCGAACGCUAUACAUCUACAUCGUCAUCCUGAUCCUCAGCAACACAGCCAACGGCUUCGACGGGUCCAUGAUGAACGGCCUGCAAACGCUCUCCUACUGGCAGGAGUACUUCAACUACCCGCGCGGCGCCCUUUUGGGACUGUUCAAUGCGAGCAUGAGUCUGGGUUCCCUCAUCGGCCUCUUUGUCGUUCCGUACUUGAUUGAUUGGCGGGGGCGGAAGAUGGGGCUCGUUGUUGGGUGUGUGAUUAUGCUCCUGGCUGUGGGGCUGCAGUCUGGCGCGCAGAACUUUGGCAUGUUUGUUGCUGCUCGCAUUGUCAUUGGGUUUGGGGAUUGUAUUGUCCUGGGCAGUGCGCCACUCUUAAUUGCAGAGAUUGCCCACCCGCAGGAUCGAGCCGUCUUGGUUACCUUGAGUGGUGCGUCGUAUCAUUCGGGCGCGUUUAUCGCCAGCUGGGUUACGCUGGGGACAUUGGAUAUUCCGAGUGACUGGUCCUGGAGACUCCCCAGCCUGCUGCAAGCCAUUUGCACCAUAAUAAUCAUCGCGGGCGUCUGGUGGAUGCCGGAAAGCCCCCGUUGGCUCAUCUACAAAGACCGCCACGAAGAGGCCCUCGACAUCCUGGUCAAGUACCACGCCGAGGGCGACGAAAGCGACGAAUUCGUGCAACUCGAGUACGCCGAAAUCAACGCCGCCAUCGCACUGGAUAAAGCGACGGGCCAGACAGGGUGGGUCGAUUUCAUGCGGACCAGGGGAAACCGCAAGCGAAUCGCUCUCAUCACAGCGCUGGGUCUGUUUAGCCAGUGGAGCGGCAAUGGCCUCAUCUCGUAUUAUCUCAAAUAUGUCAUGGACAGUGUUGGUAUCACAAAGGCCCAGACGCAGUUGGGGAUCAACGCUGGCAUGAAGACUGAAGGGCUCGUCACAAACUUUGUGUUUGCAUUCUUCAUUGAGAUUCUGGGCCGCCGACCGAUGUACCUUGUGUCUACUAUUGGAACCUGCGUCGUGUUCAAUGCCUGGACGAUUGUCUCGGCGCGGUACGAGAUCGCACCGAACAAGGGACUGGGGUACGCCUUUGUCUUUCUCACUUUCCUCUACGGCGUCUUCUAUGAUAUCAAAUCCGGCCUGAUGGCCACAUAUACGACCGAAAUCCUCCCCUACGGCCUCCGCGCCAAGGGCUUCACCUGGCUCAACUUCUGCGUGACCGGAGCACUCUUCUUCAACCAGUACAUCAACGCGAUUGCCCUCGACGCUUUGGCCUGGAAGUACUACAUUGUCUACUGUGUGUUUCUCGGCUUCGAAGUCUUUGUCAUCUACUCGUUCCUGAUUGAGACGCGGUAUACGCCGAUGGAGGAAAUCGCUCGGUACUUUGACGGAGAUAGUGCGGUCGAUGUCGGCGAGGUCGCGACUGCGGACAUGAAGGAGAAGGGGUAUGUGUAUGAGAUGGGGCCAGUGAAGGGGGCUACUGCGGUGCAUGUGGAGAGGCAGGAGUAG